GCCACGUCCGCAGGCCACGUCUCUCCCUUUUCCCCGUCCCCUGUCCAACACACAACCCAAGCUUGAAGGGGCAGCCUCGCCGUGCACCUGCAACUCCCCACGUACUGUAGAUAUUCUCAGCACCACGCACUUCUCAUUCGUGCUUACUCCGGCGUCACUACCAUCGUCGAACCAGCCCUCCUUCCGACUCUCUCGCACGAUCUCGCGCAAACAUCACCCGCGAUCGGCAGCAUCAACUCCUAUAUUCCCGCAAUGGCAAAAACAACCUCCACCACAGUCCCGCACUCCGCCACCAGCGCCGCAGCGCAACAAGCGUUCCUAAUCAAGCGUCUGCUCACCUCGUAUCGCGCCAACACGCCGCAGAAGCUGAAACUCAUUGACGCCUACCUCCUAUUUGUGAUGCUGACGGGAAUCGUGCAGUUUGUCUAUGUGCUGCUGGCGGGAACGUUUCCUUACAAUAGUUUCUUGGCGGGCUUUGGAGCGAGUGUGGGGAGUUUCGUGCUUGCUGCAAACCUGAGGAUGCAAGUGAACCCACGAAACGCAGAAGUGAUGAAGAUGUCACCAGAACGGGCAUUCGCAGACUUUGCGUUUGCUAGCAUCGUGCUGUUUGGAUUCGUGGUCAACUUCCUGGGAUGAACGGCGUCAAGCGAUAGAGGACGAUGGAUUAUCGUGGAGCAGGAGGGCCUGUUGGGAGAUGGAGUAUCGAUGGCGAGCAAUGUGGAUUGCGGAUGCGAGUCGUUAGGCUCCUCGAGCGAAUCAAAGAUGAGAAGGAUAUCCCUUGGACUGCCUACGCCCAGUGGAAGGCGUCGGACGGCGGAUGUCACGGGCCGGUGUCUUGCCUGCUUGGAAGCAUAAUCGGACACAGCAGAUGAGGUUGUAGUCGGAGGAAAAGAGUUGGGGCUUACGAACAUUUGGAGGAGGAGAUCUGUGUACAUACAUACAUGUGGGGCUAUUUGAAUCGGAUGUACAUUGAAAAGAUCUCCGAGUGCAAGCAGAAAGACGAGAGCACAUUGAUGAUAGGCGCACCGGCUCAAUUGUGAGCCUAUGUGAAUGAAUGUGGCAAUCCAUAGCGU